AUGGCCACUCUAGCAGACAUUGGUGUUUCAGCUGCCAUCAACAUACUCUCAGCUCUUGCUUUCUUGAUAGCAUUUGCUUUACUCAGAAUUCAACCCAUCAAUGACAGAAUUUAUUUCCCAAAAUGGUAUAUCACUGGUGGAAGAACUAACCCAAGAACCUCUGGGAAUUUUGUUGGAAAAUUUGUCAAUCUUAAUUUCAAGACUUAUUUGACUUUUCUCAACUGGAUGCCACAAGCUUUGAGAAUGACUGAGACUGAGAUUAUUAAUCAUGCUGGUCUUGAUUCUGCUGUUUUUCUCAGAAUUUAUGCUCUUGGCUUAAAGAUGUUUGUUCCAGUGACAAUUGUGGCACUCCUUAUUCUUAUUCCAGUCAAUGUUUCAAGUGGGACAUUGUUUUUCCUAAGAAGAGAAUUGGUAGUGAGUGAUAUUGAUAAACUUUCAAUAUCAAAUGUUCCACCUAAGUCUUUAAGAUUCUUUGUUCACAUAGGAUUGGAAUACCUGUUUACAAUAUGGAUUUGUUUUCUGCUCUACAAGGAGUAUGAUAAUGUAGCAUUAAUGAGAUUGCAUUUCUUGGCCUCACAACGCAGGCGCGUGGAGCAAUUUACGGUAGUUGUCAGAAAUGUCCCUCAUAUGUCUGGUCACUCGGUAUCGGAUAGUGUGGAUAGCUUCUUUCAAACCAACCACCCGGAUCAUUAUAUUGGACACCAGGCUGUCUACAAUGCAAACAAAUUUGCAAAAUUUGUGAGAAAAAGAGAUAGACUUCAAAAUUGGCUGGACUAUUACCGCCUAAAGUUUCAAAACCAUCCUCAUACAAGGCCAACGAUCAAGACUGGAUGUUUAGGACUUUGGGGAAGGAAAGUUGACGCAAUCGAGUACUAUGAACAACAUAUUAAGGCACUCGAUAAAAAGAUGACAUUGGAGCGCCAGAAGAUUAUAAAAGAUCCCAAAUCUAUUUUGCCUGUGGCUUUUCUUUCAUUCAGUUCGCGUUGGGGAGCAUCAGUAUGCGCACAGACCGUACAAAGCAAAAAUCCUACACUCUGGUUGACUGAUUGGGCUCCAGAGCCACGUGACAUAUAUUGGCGAAACUUGGCCAUACCAUUUGUUUCUUUAACCGUCCGGAAACUUAUAAUUACAUUGUUGGUGUUUGCUUUGGUAUUCUUCUACAUGAUUCCCAUUGCUUUUGUGCAAUCCCUUGCGAAUUUGGAUGGGCUUGAAAAAGUUGCUCCUUUCCUCACACCAGUGAUAGAAUUGAAAUUCAUCAAGUCCUUUCUACAAGGUUUUCUUCCUGGUUUGGCCCUUAAAAUAUUUUUAUACAUUCUACCUUCAGUUCUGAUGAUUAUGUCAAAAAUCGAGGGAUAUAUUGCAUUAUCAACACUUGAGCGAAAAACAGCGGCAAAAUAUUAUUACUUUAUGCUGGUGAAUGUUUUCUUGGGAAGCAUAAUUACUGGAACUGCAUUUGAGCAACUGCAUGCUUUUCUUCACCAGUCACCAACACAGAUUCCUAGAACGAUUGGAGUUUCAAUUCCAAUGAAGGCUACCUUCUUUAUGACAUACAUAAUGCUUGAUGGCUGGGCUGGAAUUGCCAGUGAGAUUCUCAGAUUAAAGCCAUUGGUUAUAUAUCAUCUCAAGAACGUGUUCUUAGUAAAAACCGAGAGAGAUCGAGAAAAGGCCAUGGACCCUGGGAGUGUGGACUAUCCCGAAACUCUUCCAAGUCUUCAACUAUAUUUCCUUCUCGGUAUUGUGUAUGCUGUGAUGACUCCAAUCCUUCUCCCUUUCAUACUCAUCUUCUUCGCCUUUGCAUAUUUAGUUUAUCGUCAUCAGAUAAUCAAUGUCUACAAUCAACAAUACGAAAGUGCUGCUGCAUUCUGGCCACAAGUUCAUAGCCGCAUUAUCGCAAGCUUACUGAUAUCGCAGCUUCUUCUCUUCGGCUUACUUAGCACCAAAAAGGCAGUUAAAUCUACUCCUUUGCUUGUGAUGUUACCAAUCUUGACAUUUGCAUUUCACAAGUACUGCCAGAGUCGUUUCGAGCCAGCGUUUCGGAAGUAUCCCCUCGAGGAAGCAAAGGCAAAAGAUUUGUUGGAGAAAACAACAGAACCUGACCUAAACAUAAAGGCAUAUUUAGCAGAUUCUUACUUGCAUCCAAUCUUAAGAUCAUUUGAAGAGAUAGAAGAAGAAUUGGUUGAGCUUGAAAAAGUUGAAGUGAGAGUAGAUAAAAACCAAACACAUAAUGUUGCUAGUCCAAUACUGAGUGAGUCAAAUUCACAUUCACCUUCACCACCACAUCAUAUCCAUCAACAUCAACCUUCACAUGAGUAUUACUACAAUCCUCACUCUCCUCAUUAUAACUAUCAAUAUCAAGGAUCAACUUUGAAUUGA